AUGGACUGGAUGCAGCCCCACGAUCAGCUACUGCACGGCUCUGCGCCGUCUGCCGCGCCUUCCUUUAUCCUCGUAGACGCUAACAACCGCGUCCGAGAGCUUACGGACCCGCUCAAGCGCCAGCUAGGAGCGACCCGGGGGAUGUACCAACCUCCUGCAAGCGACAAUGGACUAUCAGCUGCUGAGCUCGAGGAACAGCGUCAACUGGAGCAACAGGUUCAGGUCCAAAAGCAGGAAAUGUGCUUUAUCUCGCCUCUCCCGCGUCCAGACGUCGGCCGACUCCGAGUCCCUACUACGUCGCACGCCUUUACAUAUGGCGGCUCCCGAUCGUCCAACGUGCACUCGACGCCUCCGUUAGCGCCGCCCGUGUCACCAUUUGCCAGUAUGGCGCUCUCCGCUCCUGCCGCGCCCAUGCGCAAGUCCCACAAUCCCUUUCUCAGUGCAAUGGCGGACCAGAGUCCGCGUCUCCCGUCGCUUAAUGCGAUGCGGAACUCCCCCGGGACCCAUCUAAAGCAGCUGGGUAUUGCCUCACGACCGCCCCCUCUCUCACUGCGGUCGUUCUCAGACGUGUCGACGCUGUCGUCGUCAUCUCAUUCGCCGUCGCCGUCGCCGUCGUCGCUUUGUCAGUCACAAAUGCCGCCGCAGUCCAGAGCUCCGUGCCGCUCCCUGUCGAACUCGUCGCUGUCGUCAACGGCCUCGACGUCCCCGAUGCUGUACUCACAGUCGCUCCCCGGCGUCUCCUUCUUGCAGGACCGGAGGCGCUCCCGCAUGUCGUUUGACGGCUCGGAGUGCUCGUCGAUUCUGUCACCCGAAGACAAGGAAAGCAGUAUGCGGCUCCUCAGCUCGAGUGUCGGGCGCAGUGAAGGAAGCAGUGACGCCAUGACCGCGGCCGCAAAUGCUGCAGCUCAAGCGGCUCUGAACGACUGCAGCGCUCGCAGUGGUCGCGUGUGCAGGUAUGCGAACUGCAGCAACAUUGCUCGCUCCCGUGGUUUGUGCCGUACACAUGGAGGAGGGAAACGGUGUUCACAUCCGACCUGUAACAAGAGUGCGCAGGCGAACCGCAAGUGUAUUGCUCAUGGGGGUGGCACUCCUUGUUCGUUUGAGGACUGCGAGAAGACGGCCCAGUCGCGUGGGUUGUGCAAAGCUCAUGGCGGUGGAGCUCAGUGUAAACACCCUGAUUGUCCGAAAAGCAGCCAAUCGAAGGGUCUAUGCCGCGGUCAUGGUGGUGGUAUCAAGUGCAAGGCCGAGGGCUGUGAAAAGUGGGUACAAAAGAACGGGUAUUGCAUCAAGCACGGACGUGAGCUCGCGAUGGUUUCUUGA